ACACCCAUCACGGGGAAAAACAAAGGCUUCUGCGUCAAAUUUGAAACUUAUCAAGUGUGAUGAUCCAACCAAAUGAGUUUAUUUAGGAAACGCGGUCCUACCUCAGAAGAUGUUGCACGCGAAAAUCAAAUCAAGAGAUCCAUCACGAAGGAGCUGUCCUCAUCCAUUAGGACUCUCCAACGGGAACACCAUCGUACGGAUGAAGUCAUCACAAGCACGGACAAGGCUAAUGCUGUCUGCAAUAUCCUAGAAGCUAUUUUUCUGCAUAACCUUAAGAACUCAGUUUCUAAAAAGUUUGCAAGUUACAUGGGGUUUAAUCCAGCUGGCGAGAAUGCAGAUAUUUCAAUUAAUUUCUGGCAGUUUGCUGUAAAGUUUACUCACAGCGAUGUCACAGCCCAGCUGAAGAGACUGGGUCAGGUCACCACGGAAAUUGGACUUUGUCGGGCAUGGAUCCGUAUGGCUCUGAACGACUGCCUCAUGGAAAGCUACGUAGAUGCCAUGUUAGCUGAUAAGAAAUCUCUGGAAUCCUUUUAUCAUCGAACAGCGUACCUUCGGGAUCAUGAACAACCAGAGAUAUUCAAAUCUUACCUGAAAGGGUUGAUGUCUUUGGAAUUCAAGCUGUCGUACAACUCCCGAUUGUUAAAUAGCUGGGCGAAAUCACCGUUAAUCCUAGCGGGGCUUCUUCAACCGGACAACACACCUUUACCUGUGAUAUCAUCAGAACAAAAAGAUUCCAGUCCAGAUGAGAAGUAUUAUGACGGCGAAGUUGCUAACGGCCAUGAUACUGUGGACGUUAGGAGUUUUAGAACUAGGUCACGGGGGAGUAGUUCUGAAGGUGAAUCAUCGCGAAGGUCAUCUAAAGGUCAUUCAGUCAAAAAGUCUCAAAAAAAUUUUCAGGAUUCUUCUAAUGACUCUGGUAAUAAACCGCUAGCUAUCAGCUCAGAGCUUUCUCGUAGUGAUGUGGAAAAAAUUAGAAACAUGGGCAGAACAUCUUCGUCUCACGAUACAGGGAUGUCUGAAUGUUCGAGUUCUAGUCAUGUAUCGUGUCCAGAUCCCGUGAAGUACAAUAAAAGCCCUGCUUCCUAUAUCGAAGAUGAAAAGGAAAAUAUGUUCAGUUUAACAGAUGAUAAUGAAAUUUUAGAAACACAGAAAAAUGAAUCGGCUAUUUGUGAAAAUUUAACAUCAGUACCUGAAGCAAAGCCAAAGUUUAAGAUUGGAAAUUCACCUGAAUUGAAUCACAUGGAUAAUGACGCUAUAAAUGCCAGGAUUCUCGAUGAUAUUUUGAAUGAAAGUGAUGGAGAAGGGUCGAAAUUUACAGCCACUGACUAUUUUCAGCAAUCCGGCCUUCCUGAUUUGUCAGUUACCUCUUUGAAUGUCGAUAAUUCACCCGCUUCCAAAUCUCUUUCCUCAACACCAGACUUUGAUAGAGUUUCGGUUUCCCCGAUUAGUCAAAAAGAUUCAGAAACACAGAAACGGCCUAGUAAAGUGAAAGGAAAGAUGCGGAGGCUGAAACCGGAUUUAAGUCCGCCGCAAAAAUCAGCUGCCGCUCCGGAGUUGUCUCCUGCUGUUGCAGUUGGCAUAGAAACGGCAGGGUCAAAGACAAGAAGGGGGAGAUUAUCCAUGCCGGACAUUCGCGCUGUAACAACAACGGAACCCCGAAACAGGCUAGGUGUGAUAGAUGCUCGGUCGGAGUCGGAUAUUCCCGGACAGUUCAAUGAUAAUGAGGACAACGACAGUGAUUCUCAUGUAGGCUCGCCUUUUGUAGGUAAUAGUCUUGGUGCUAAAAGUGGUUGGUCAUCUUCGUUUGACCUUGAAGCUCAGGACACUGUCCAGCCACUCCAGGGUCCUAGUGUAAGUGAAGCCGUGGCCACAGGACGGCCUAAAUCGGAGAGCUUCGGCAGCCUUUUACAGAACUAUACUCCCUCCAGCUCGGUCAUGACAUCGCCGUCCCUGGACGACUUGCUACAAGAUUUACCAGACCUUAACAAAGUAUCCCCAUCCAAACCCAUUGUUCAUCCAGAUCAG